CAAGCAAAAUCUCUUUGAAUUUAAACCCUGUGAUCGAUCCAAAGAGGAUCUUAUUAUUAUGGCUAAAAUGGGUAUGAUUUGCUUUCUCUUGGCUCAGAUCUUGCUGAUUCAAGCGAUGGGUGGUAGGUCCGACGCCAACCCACCUGGUAUCGCAGUGGAAAGCAGUGGUGAGGACAAUGUGGUGGUUGCUGCAGCUCCGGUAGAGAGGUCUAAGGAGACGGCAGUGGCUGAGGCGCCGGAGAUGACUCAGAUCAGACGGCUAGGGAAGCAUCAUUCGACGGAUAAGUCUGUUGCUGGCGGCGGCAUUAUCAUUGCUGGGCUUGUCACGGCUAUUUUCGCAGCCGUUGUGUGCUACAUCCGGGUUACCAGAAAACGGGGCGGUGUUUACUGAGGUCGUCUUCUGGAUUUCUUGAGAGAGUUUAUUUUUAUUCAAUGAAAUUCUUAUUCUUAGUAGGAGUAAAGCAGUGAUUUUGAUACAUAAACCUAUUAUUUUAGAAGAGCGAUUCGCUCCUCUAUUUGAUUGUAUUAUGUGAAAUUGUGAAUACUAGAUUAAAAUUAUUGAUUUUGC